GAAUUAUCAGUCAACUUGUUCAGUCAACACAAAGACCAAACUAAUAUACCAAGAUGUUCAAACUGGUGGUGUUGUUUGCUGUUCUGGCCGUCGCUGCCGCAGCCCCUGGUCUCCUGUCAGCCCCUUUGGCUUACAACACCGCCAUAGUUGGCAGUGUACCUACCUCCAUCAGUCAUCAGAGCAGCAGCAUAGUCCAUAGCGCAGCACUUGCCGCCGCCGUUGCCCCUGUUGCUCCGAUCGUCCAAGCCGCCCCUGUAGUCGCCUCUGCUCCAGUAGUCGCAUCUGCUCCACUACCAGCACCCAUCGUUAACUCGUACACUGUUCCACUUCUCGCUGGUAACGGAGGAUCCCUUCUUGGAGGAUCUCUUCUUGGAGGAUCUCUUCUUGGAGGAUCUCUUCUUGGAGGUCAUGGAGGUUCCCUACUUGGAGGUCACGGAGGUUCCCUUUUGGGAGGACAUGCUGGGUCUCUUUUGGCCGGACCUCUUCUCGGCGGCCACGGCGUUCUCUACUAAACGAUGAUGACUUUUCCAUUUCCCCAUAUAAAAUAAACGAUACAAGAAGAAAAAAACAAGGAUUCAAUGCAAUAGUAAAGCUACAACUGUAACAAUAAAUGUGAUUUUUAAAAUGCAA